CACGGCGCGCUGCCGCUCCGCCGCAGUACAGAGGCGGGCAGCCACACACACACACACACACACACAGAGGAGAGAGAGGAGAGAGGGGCCGCCGCGGACUCGAACACUUCCUGAUUAAACAGCGCGCUGAACAUUUUGAAGUGCAACUUCCAGCAGGAGGAGAGAGAGGGAGAAAACAAAUCCGUGGUUCAAACGCCUCUCGCCGACACACGAGGCGCCUUGCAGCCCGGCGGAGGGAGGAGGAGGCUUAGGUGAGCGGUCACCAUGGCGCCCUUCCUGCGUAUCUCUCUCAGUGCUUAUGACUUGGGCGUCCUGCCUUCUAUGGCCGACCCUCCCAUCUGCGCCGUCAAGAUGAAGGAGUCUGUCAACACAGAGCGAGGAAAGACCCUGGUCCAGAGGAAGCCCACCAUGUAUCCGACGUGGAAGUCCACUUUUGAUGCUCACAUCUAUGAGGGACGUGUCCUAGAAAUGGUCCUCAUGCACAAUACGGAGGAGCCGUUGGCCAAGGCCACGGUGGGCGUGUCUGUGCUGGCAGAACGCUGCAAGAAGUCCAAAAACAACGGGCGUACAGAGUUCUGGGUGGACCUUCAUCCUUCAGGGAGGGUCCAGAUGGCUGUGCAGUUCUUCCUGGAGGACACUGAUGCAGCGGCUAUGCAGCCAUCCGUGAAGGUUUCCUCUGCCGAGGAUGGAGUCACGACCCUGAACAGGAGGAGGGGAGCUUUCAAGCAGCCCAAGGUUCACCUCAUCAAGAACCACGAGUUCACCGCCACCUUCUUCGGCCAGCCCACCUUCUGCUCUGUCUGCAGAGAGUUCCUCUGGGGCCUCAACAAGCAAGGAUACAAGUGCAGACAAUGCAAUGCGGCAAUCCACAAGAAAUGCAUCGAAAAAAUCAUUGGCAGGUGCACUGGAACAGCAGCCAACAGUCGUGACACUCUGUUCCAGAAAGAGCGCUUCAAGAUUGACAUGCCACAUCGCUUCAAGUACUACAACUACAAGAGCCCCACUUUCUGUGACCACUGUGGCAGUCUGCUGUGGGGUCUGUUCAAACAGGGCCUGAAAUGUGAAGACUGUGGUAUGAACGUGCAUACUAACUGUAAGAAGAAAGUGGCCAAUCUCUGCGGAAUCAACCAGAAACUCCUGGCAGAGGCUCUGUCUCAAGUCUCCCAGAAAUCUAUGAAGAAGUCUGAUAACGUAAGCGCAUCAGACACUGGGAUCUACCAAGACAUCCAAAGUGCAACAGUGGACCCUGGUGCACCUGCCAAUGGAAACGCAGGUGAGGGCGUGAACCCUGCCCCAGCGGCCCCUGUAGUUCCCCGGGUACACCUCACCCUGAAUCAGCUGGUGUUCCACAAGGUGCUGGGCAAAGGCAGCUUUGGCAAGGUGCUGCUGGCAGAGCUGAAGGGGCAGGGGCAGUACUUUGCUGUGAAGGCUCUGAAGAAGGACGUGGUUCUCAUGGAUGACGACGUGGAGUGCACCAUGGUGGAGAAGAGGGUCCUGGCCCUCGCUUGGGAUAACCCCUUCCUCACACACCUCUACUCCACAUUCCAGUCUAAAGAGCAUCUCUUCUUUGUGAUGGAGUACUUGAAUGGAGGCGACCUGAUGUUCCACAUCCAAGACAAAGGGCGCUUUGAUCUGAACAGAGCCACAUUCUAUGCAGCUGAGAUAGUAGUGGGACUGCAGUUCCUCCACUCAAAAGGAAUCAUCUACAGAGAUUUGAAGCUGGACAAUGUGAUGCUGGACAAGGAUGGACACAUUAAGAUAGCCGACUUUGGCAUGUGCAAAGAGAACGUGUUUGGAGAGGCCAGAGCCACAACAUUUUGUGGAACACCGGACUACAUUGCACCAGAGAUCCUGUUGGGACAGAAGUACACCUUCUCCGUGGACUGGUGGUCUUUCGGUGUGCUAGUGUAUGAGAUGCUGAUCGGUCAGUCACCUUACCAAGGGGACGAUGAGGACGAGCUGUUUGAAUCCAUCAGGUCGGACACCCCUCACUACCCUCGGUGGAUCACCAAGGAGGCCAAGAACCUGCUUGAACUGCUGUUUGAGCGAGAUCCCAGUCGCAGGUUGGGCGUGGUGGGAGACAUCCAUGCACACCCCUUCUUCAAAACAAUUAACUGGCCAGCACUGGAGAAGAGACAAGUGGAGCCCCCUUUCAAGCCCAAAGUGAAAUCCCCCAGUGACUGCAGCAACUUUGACCGAGAGUUCCUGAGCGAGAAGCCUCGCCUCUCCCACGCGGACAAGAACCUCAUCGACUCCAUGGACCCGGCGGCAUUCGCUGGCUUUUCCUUCAUCAACCCCAAACUUGAACAAAUGAUAAGGAAAUGAACAAACAUAAUUGGCUUCCCGGGGAACAUGGUCUUAGCCUGGCACUGUGAAACAGGUUCUGGCUCUUUUCUCUUAACCUUAUCAACUGGAUGGAUGACAAGAACACGAACCGAUUUGGGUUUGACUAUGACUCGUGUUGUUCCUCGAUCAGAGGAUGAAAUGAUAUAAUACUUGGAUUGGAUGUUGGCUGGUGUCCAACGCAAUAAUCAUGUGUCAGUGGUCAAACGUGAAUAAUAGAGUGUAAAGCUCUAGGAAAUGAAGGGAGGUUCUAAAGAAGUGUUACCAUAAUCAACACUGGGGGGGUUGUCAUUUAUGCAUUCUGUUGUCUUACUUUUCUGUCCUUUCCCCUUGUGAUCACAUCUUAAAUCUAAUGUACUGAAUUUGAAUGAAUUUCUCUAAAUUUGAAUUCACAGGCACAUGCACCAGUCCCUGAUUUGGUCGUACAAAUAUGCACACACCUGGCAUCGUGCAUGCAGGACGGGAGAAGUCAUGCAGUGUUCACUCUCAUCCUGUGUGCAUUGCCUACUGUACGCCACCUAGCGCAUCCCAUCUGUCUGUGUGUGUGCGUGUGUGUUUGUGUGUUACCACAUGCACACUAGUGGGUGGGUGUGUGUGCAGAUAUUUUCUUAGAUGCAAAUGGUGCUGUUGUGCCUGGCAACAUUGUCUGCUGCUGGAUCCUGACUUUAUCCAGGCAUCAUAGGAAGAAUUGUAUCAUAAAGCCGGGAGUGUGGGGGCCUAAAUCCCUCUGAAUUAAAGUGAUCUUAUUGGGGAACUGUCCCCCCCUCCCCCCUCACUGGCUGCACACACAUACCCUCAGAGGGUCUGAGAACCAUUUUUUAGAUUUCUGUUUUUUGUGUGCUACCAAAACCUCAGUACAUCAAACUAUAGCGUUACAUCCACGAUGGAUCAGUACAUCAUGUCCGUUUCCCAGGCUCUUGGGCAGACUUUACUGGAAAGGGCUGUAACAACGGUGUGGUACUAAACCUGAACAUCUAGAUGUGUAGAAGGACAUAAUUUGGGGUUGGGCAGGGGGAGGGGCAUGUCACUGGAAACGAGGUCUUUGAAAUGUAUUAUAUUACUUGAAUGUAGGAUUUUUAACAUGAAAAAUAACAGUGCUGUCUAUGUAAAACUAGUAUGUAUGUAACCACGAGCUGUCUCUGAGUUAAGGGUGUACCUCUUUUUUUUUUUACUCUCCUCAUCUUUUACAUCUGAUUAUAAAUAAAUAUACUAUAAAGUCCAAA